GUGUGUGUGUGUGUGUGUGUGUAUUAUGCGCCGCAUUCGAAACUUUCACUUUCGCUUUAAUCGGCUUUUUUUGGAGCGUCGACAUGUUUGAAAGCGAUGUGUUCAGGAUGCAGUAAAGCCGAGAAGGGACGCAGUGUGAGAGCAGCUCGAGCCCAGUCAUCCGACAGCUUGUGUACACUUGGCCAUGAUGGAGAUGAACAAGAAUGGUGCAUCACAAUGAACCUCCUGAUCCUUCUGCCCCACCACAAGAAGCUGUUCCGGUUGCCGUGACCGCUGAUAUUCCGACUCCUCAGACUCAUCUGGAUACUGUGACUCAUCCGGCUCCUCGGACUCAUUUCCGGCCUUUCCGGGAUGUGGACGAGCGCUCCCUCGUGGCCAGCACAACACGUUUCCUGGGGAACAGUGGAUUUUACUGGGGUCCUCUGGACGUCGACGAAGCCCACGCUCGAUUGAUGUCUCUUCCCAUCGGCACCUUCCUAAUCCGGGACAGCAUGCAAACGGACGUCUUCUUCACGCUGAGCUAUCGCUCUGAGGACGGGCCCACCAGCGUCCGGGUCCUCCUUAAAAGCUGCGGGUUCGCCCUGGAUGGCAGUAAGCACGCUUUCCCAUGUCUGUUCGAACUGCUGAACUUUUACAUGAAGUCACCCAAGAGGAGUCUGAAGCAGCCGUACCGAGGCUCUGCACCACAGAAUCUUCAGGAGCUGUGCAGGAGAGCCGUAGUGAAAACCUACGGCAAGGAAAACCUCAACAAGCUCUCUGUGUCCACCGUGUUGAAAGAUUUCCUUCAGUUAUAUCCUUUCAGCAUUUGAUAAGAACAGAAGACUCUUGUAUAUUUUAAACAUAUGCAGAGUUUUAGUAAUGUUAUAGAUCACGAUGACUUGUUCAUUACGUUUCGUGAAUUUGUGGUACCAGCAUCUUUAAUGCACUACGUCAGGGAUUUGCCCUGAUAUUAUUCACCUGCCUGCUGUGCAGACAUUGUGGUGUUCAUAGACACAAGAUGUGUAGCUGUAUAAUGAUUAGUCUUUACUACCACUAUGCUGUAUAUAAUAUCACUGUACUGUCAAUUAUAAUGUAAUAUUAAUAAAUGAGAGAAGAUCA